AACACUGGAGAACACAGAGCAAAAGGGUCUUGUUCAUGGGUCUAAAACUGGAUGAGACUACCCAUUUUUCCCUUACUUCUUCAGUGUUGUGUUGUGUGGUUGUCACUCAGUUUAGACACCAAUGAGAAUUACGUUAGUUUCAUUGCUUUCUUUCUUUCUUUGCGACUGGAUAUAUCUCAGCAUCUACUUCUCUUUCUCCAUUGGCCAAUGUCUCAAGGAUCAACAAUCAUUGUUGCUUCUACUAAAGAACAACCUCACAUUCCAGCCUGAAAUUUCCACCAAACUGAAGUUGUGGAAUCAAAGCAUUGAUUGCUGUGUUUGGAGUGGUGUAUCAUGUGACAAUAAGGGACAUGUUAUUGGCCUUGACCUGAGUGGAGAAUUAAUCGCUGGUGGAUUUGACAAUUCCAGUGCUCUUUUUAGUCUUCAAGAUCUUCAUAUAUUGAACUUGGCUGCUAAUAAUUUCAAUUCUGCCAUUCCAUCUGGAUUCAACAAGUUGGAGAAGUUAACUCACCUGAAUUUGUCAAAUGCUGGCUUUGAGGGGCAGAUUCCAAUAGAGAUUUCUCACCUGACUAGGUUGGUUACUCUUGAUAUCUCUUCUCUUUCCUAUUUAACUGGGCAUGAGCUGAAACUUGAAAACCCAAAUCUACGCAAGCUUGUCCAAAAUCUUACCAGUAUAAGGCAACUGUAUCUGGAUGGUGUAAGUAUAACAGCUCCAGGAGAGGAAUGGUGCAAUGCUUUGCUCUCACUACAUGACCUCCAAGAGCUGAGCAUGUCACAGUGCAAUCUCUCAGGACCACUGGAUCAUUCCCUGGCAAGACUUAAGAAUUUGUCAGUUAUUGUUCUUGAUCAGAACAAUUUAUCAUCAACAGUGCCCGAAACAUUUGCUGAUUUGAAAACUCUGACCAUCCUAAGCCUUGUUUAUUGUGAGUUGACAGGAACAUUUCCACAGAAGAUCUUCAACAUUGGUACAUUGUUGGUUAUUGACAUAUCAUUCAACUACAAUCUCAACGGCAAUUUUCCAGACUUCUCACCGAAUGGAUCACUCCAGACCUUAGUAGUAAGUAACACAAGCUUAUCUGGAGCAUUUCCACACUCUGUUGGUAACAUGAGGCACUUAUCUAUAUUGGAUCUUUCAGCCUGUCGAUUUAGUGGAUUAAUUCCGAAUUCACUGUCAAGCCUCACAGAACUUAGUUACGUGGAUUUGUCAUCUAACAACUUCACAGGUCCGAUGCCAUCAUUUGGAAUGGCCAAAAAACUUGCCCAACUUGUCAGCAUUCAUUUGCAUUAUAAUUCUUUCAGUGGGACAAUUCCUUCAUAUCUUUUUACACUUCCAAUGCUGCAGAAUAUUCAGCUUUCCUACAACCAGUUUAGUAAACUAGACAUAUCCACAAAUGUGUCUUCCCCCAUGUUAAAUACUCUCGAUUUAAGAAGCAAUAAUCUAUCAGGGCCAUUUCCAGUGUCUAUCUUCCAACUCAAGACACUCUCUAUUCUCCAACUUUCCUCAAACAAGUUCAAUGGGCCAAUGCAGCUAAACAAUUUUUUGCAACUCAGAAAUUUAACGACAUUAGACCUUUCACACAACAACUUAUCAGUCUAUGUGAAUGCUGACCUCUCUUCCUUUCCCAAAAUCAGCAGUCUGAAAUUGGCAUCCUGCAACUUGAAAAGUUUCCCUGGUUUCUUGAGAAACCAAUCCAAAUUAGCCUAUCUAGACCUUUCAGAUAACCAGAUUCAGGGAAAAGUGCCCAACUGGAUUUGGAAACUAGAAAAUCUUGAAAGCCUUAAUAUUUCUUACAAUUUGCUGACUGAUUUUGAAGGACCUCUGCAGAAUCUUACUUACAAAUUGGUGGUCCUUGACCUUCAUUAUAAUAAACUGCAUGGCCCAAUACCUGUUUUCCCAAAAUAUGCUACCUACUUGGAUUACUCGAGCAACAAAUUCAGCUCUUCUAUCCCAGAAGAUAUUGGUAAUUACCUGUCAUUCACAAUUUUUCUCUCUUUUUCAAACAAUACCUUGGAAGGUAGCAUCCCUGACUCCCUCUGCAACGCUUCAUUUCUUCAAGUGCUUGAUCUUUCCAUUAAUAACAUUUCUGGAACAAUUCCCUCAUGCUUAAUGGAAUUGAGUGACACCCUUGUGGUGUUGAAUCUGGGCAAGAACAAUCUCACAGGACCUAUCCCAGAUAUGUUUCCAGCUUCCUGUGUUCUGAAGACUCUCGAUCUUGAUCACAAUAAAAUAGAUGGAAACAUUCCAAAAUCUCUUGCUAAUUGCACAGCAUUGGAAGUGUUAGACCUUGGAAAAAAUGAGAUUAUGGAUGACUUUCCAUGCUUGCUGAAGAACAUAUCCACACUCCGCGUCUUGGUCUUGCGAAAAAAUAAAUUCCAUGGUCACAUUGGAUGUCCAAACACCAAUGGCACUUGGCCCAUGCUUCAGAUAGUUGAUCUAGCCAUUAAUAAUUUCACUGGUAAUCUACCUGGAAACUGCUUCACAAGGUGGGAGGCAAUGAUGUCUGAAAAGGAAAAUCAUCUCAUAUUUAAUGUUCUUAAAUUCAGUCAAAUAUAUUACCAGGAUUCAGUGACAGUAACAAGCAAAGGUCAACGGAUGGAGCUGGUAAAGAUUCUAACUGUCUUCACUUCCGUUGACUUCUCAUCCAACCAUUUUCAAGGGGAAAUACCAGAAGAGCUAUUUGACUUCAAAGCACUCUAUAUACUAAACUUGUCAAAUAAUGCUCUUUCUGGCCAAAUUCCUUCAUCAAUAGGAAAUCUGAAGCAGCUUGAGUCCUUAGAUCUGUCAAAAAACCAACUGGAAGGAAACAUUCCCACAGUGCUUGCAACAUUAUCUUUCCUAUCAUUCUUGAACCUCUCUUACAAUCAAUUAUUUGGAAAAAUCCCUACAGGGACCCAAAUUCAAUCAUUUCAAGAAACUUCCUUCGUUGGGAAUAAAGAGUUGUGUGGCCCUCCUUUGACUACAAACUGCAAUGGCAAUAUCAGCCCUGCAACUACAGAAUCAAUCAAGGAAUUUGAUUGGCAAUAUAUAUUCACUGGAGUGGGUUUUGGGGUUGGAGCUGGACUAGUCGUUGCCCCUUUGAUGAUUUGGGAGAGGGGAAGGAAAUGGAGCAAUGAUAGCAUUGACAAAUUUCUUAUGGUAGUUCUUCCAUUUUUUGGGUUAGUUUAUACUCCCAUUGGUGAUGAUGAUGACAAUGACACAGAAAAGGACAAUGAUUCCAAUGAAGAUGAAGAUGAUUGGGAUUAUCCAAGGUUUAGAGGGAGGUAUUGUGUCUUUUGUUCCAAACUUGACAUCACUAAGAAGAAGGUCAUUCAUGACCCCAGCUGCACAUGUUACCCCUCGUCAUCAGCUACAAAUUCUACUCAUUCAUCAGAAUCAUAUUCCUCUUAGUCACACAUUAGAUGAAAACAUGCUCUUCUGUUUCUGUUUUUCAUUGUUUGUUGUUAUUCCUUGUCUUUAUUCUUUCCUAGAAUGCAUGCAUACAUGUAUAUGUUGUACAUAUUACACACAAAAUCACCCAAGAGUUGCAAGUACAUAACGAGAAAGCAAUAAUGCCCCCUCUGAAUUUUUCAGAAGGUGGAUUUUGUGGCAGUCAGUGAUAAUCCAAUAAAUAAA